CUAUGGAAGGUAAAACCCACGAAACUUUCUCAUUCCAAUAUAGACGACACACAUCCAUGUGACCAUGUCUAAGGUUCUCGAGCCCCUAGAAGAAGAAAAAGUAGAAGAGCAGAAACCAAGAAACCAAGAAGAAGAAGAAGGAGAAUCUAAGAAAGAAGAAGAGUUGUUAGGAUCUCUGUGUACACCAACUUCAAGUGAUCACAAGAUUCCGGAGGUGGAGACAUGUCCUCCGGCGCCAAGAAAGCGGCCGCGUGAGAUUCCUCUGACAAAGAAGAAAAGAUUGUCCAAAGAUCUUCGGUUCUUCGAAGCCACCGACGUCGGGAGCGAGGAGGUUGAGGCUUUCUUUGUUCACAACCCAAGCCAUCAUGUCCGUAAAAAACGGAGGAGUAAUAGCGCCUGAUGAAUCUCUGCAGUAUAUCUUCUGUUUUUCUUCUUCCCCAACACACAAAUUUGAUUGUGUAGAUAUACUACGAUCUUGUUUGUCUAGACUUCAUUUUCCAUCCCUUUCUAUACCUAUAAUCUAUAAGUUCCGUUUCGUGUUU